AUGAUGAUGACCAAGCUAAGCCGCGCGCGCCAGCCCCUCGCUCGCGCGCAGUCGUCCGUAGCCGCCGCGGUGUCCGCUUACCCUUCGUACGUGCUGAACGCGCCAGCCACGGAGGUCACGACGCUGCCGAGCGGCCUCCGCGUGGCCUCCGAGGGCUCCCACGGCGAGACCGCGACGGUCGGCGUCUGGAUCGGCGCUGGCUCUCGCUACGAGACGGCGCAGAACAACGGGGCCGCGCACUUUCUGGAGCACAUGGCGUUCAAGGGCACGAGCAAGCGCACGCAGCACCAGCUGGAGCUCGAGAUUGAGAACAUGGGCGGCCACCUGAACGCCUACACGAGUCGCGAGCAGACGGUGUACUACGCCAAGGUCUUCAAGAAGGACGUGCCCCGUGCCAUGGACAUCCUCAGCGACAUUCUGCAGAACUCGAAGCUGGACGAAGCGGCGAUUGAGCGCGAGCGGGACGUCAUUCUUCGGGAGAUGGAGGAGGUCAACAAACAGCAGGAGGAGGUUGUCUUUGACCGGCUCCAUGAGACGGCGUUCAUGGGCAACGGCCUCGGUCGCACGAUCUUGGGACCGACGGAGAACAUUCGAAACUUGAAGAAAUCGGACCUUCAGGACUACAUUGCCACGCACUAUACGGCGCCGCGGAUGGUGAUUGCCGGGGCUGGGGCCGUGGACCACUCGCAACUGGUGGAGCUGGCGCAAAAGUCGUUUGGGGAGUUGCCGACAACUCCGGCCGUGGCUCCUACACUUGAGCCUGUGCGUUUCGUUGGCUCAGACGUGCGUGUGAAAGACGACAGCAUGCCUCUGGCUCACGUGGCCCUUGCGUUUGAGGGUUUCAGCUGGACCAGUGAGCACUCGUUCCCUCUGCUGAUCAUGCAGACGCUGCUCGGCAGCUGGGACCGCACCUCGGGUGCUGGCAUGAACAUGUCGUCGAAGUUGGGCCAGGUUGUAGCAGAGAAGGAGCUUGCCCACUCGUACAUGUCGUUCAAUACGUGCUACCAAGAUACGGGUUUGUUUGGUGUGUACGCUGUAGCCGACAAGUACAAGCUGAACGAUCUGACGUGGUACACAAUGGAGGCACUGGUGCGCCUAGUACACAAGACCACGGAUGAUGAGGUCGAGCGUGCGAAGGUGCAGUUGAAGGCCAACAUGUUGAUGCAGCUGGACGGUUCGUCGCCAAUCUGCGAGGACAUUGGUCGCCAGAUGCUGACGUACGGCCGCCGCAUGACCCCUGCAGAGAUCUUUGCUCGCAUUGAUGCCGUGGAUGCUGCGGCUGUUCGUCUUACGGCGGACGAGGUCAUUAAUGACAAGGAGCAUGCGCUGGCUGCUAUUGGUCCUAUCCACGAGCUGCCUGACUACAACUUCAUUCGCCGUCGCUCGUACUGGCUGCGAUACUAA